UUGUCCGGUACGUACAACAGCGCUUGCCUUGCUUAUUUUGAACUGGAAGAAUCCUAGAUUGAUCGGUCGUCAUGUACGACCGCUAAUUAACAUAACACCAUCCUAAUUGCUCUCGAAGAUAGUUGGUCUUUUACAGACGUCUACCUGCAAGGGUGGCCAUCAGAGCAACCUUUGCGAUGUCGUUUGAUACACCAGCUUCACCACUCAAUGCUUCUGACCCUCAUGCACGCCUUCUUGGUGCUUCAUGCCUGGACUUCCUCCUGAUAGAGCUGGUGCCUAUGGCAGAACGCUUGGCAAAAGAUCUUGCCUCCGACGACACGCUACUAGACGACGAGGAAGUCAGGGAAACGACCUUUUUUCGCCUCGAAUCUCUAGGUUAUAGGGUUGGACAAGGACUCGCAGAACGAUUCUCGCGAGAUCGACCCCGAUUUUCCGAUAACCUUGAUGUUAUCAAGUUCCUUUGCAAGGACCUAUGGACCAUCCUUUUCAAAAAGCAGGUGGAUAACCUUAAAACGAAUCAUCGGGGCGUGUAUGUAUUGACGGACAACUCCUUUCGUCCCUUUUCAAGGAUGAGUACAUCUGUUCGAAAUGAAGCGGUGUCGAUGGCUCAAGCGUACUUAUGGUUUCCAUGCGGUGUCAUUCGCGGUGCUCUAUCUAAUUUAGGUAUCACAACCACCGUCCAGGCAGAGUCUGCUGAACUUCCAGGCGCGACCUUCCAAAUUAAAACCGUCAAUCCCAAACCUUGAAGGUAGCCAGGGCGGGCUGCCUGUAACCGUCUCGCACAUAUCAUGGGUAAAUUUGACAGCGAUUCCCUUUGGCGAUCAAUUUACAGCAUUCAAAACUCCUUGGAGCCUAUCAUCAAUGGAUUGCGGGGCAUGUUUACGGAUAUUGGAGGAUAUGCACAGAGAAUACAUGAUUGUUUCAUUGAUUCAUGCCACUCAUAUCUCCUGAAGUCAAGUGCUUGAAUCAAAGCCAUCUCUCAACAGUCGCACAUUUGUUUGCAGAGCCACACACUUCAAAG